AUGUCACCCGAGAAGCCAAUGCUACAGGAGCUGGCAGCCAUCCUUGGUGUGCCAACUCUUCUGGAGCACAUUGACGAUUGCCAGUUCACAACAUGCCUAGCGGAGACCAAGAGAGGCCUUCGUUGCGGGAGAAGGAGAAAUCAUGACGACCGGGAACAAAGCAUGGCCUCAUGGAACGAAUUCAGCUUGAUGAAGGAAUGCGUUCUAACCGAGGGGCUGCAGGGGAAAAUCCAGUCGUUCAUUUAUUCCUCGUUUUGUCACAUUCACAGUUCCGAUGACUCGGUUGCGAUGAAGGGAUUCAAGGCGUGGAUAAAGUCUUACGGCGAAGAGAAGCCGGUACUUGCCAACUCCGUUUCGUCAGAAGCAAGCAGCAGCCCGAGCCUGUCCUCAGCGUCGCUGAGCCAAGAUACAACAACAACAACAACAACAACAACAACGAUUGAAUCUGACAUCAACGAAACAACGAUCGAGUCCGACGCUAAAAAGCCAGUCCAAAUCGGAAACACUUUCGAUGAUGAAGAAACAACUCGCGCCGAGGUGGAAGCAGUAACGGAAGUGUUUUCUGAGAUGACCGUUACCGAUAAGGAGGUCAAAGCCACCGCCGUUGUCACCAGUAUCAUCGACAAGGGGAUCAAAGCCGCCGCAGUAGUCACUACCAUCACAGAGAGCGACACCGGUGCUCCCGAAAUUAAUACAACCCAUAUCGAUGGACUUGGCACAAUAUCCCAACUCCAGAGAAAGGGCACAUUGCGAAGUCCCGCACCGUUCCUCGAAGAGGUUUAUCGCUAUCUAGACAAGUCCGAGAAAGAAGAAGGCAUCGUCUACGUUCUUAAACACAUAUCUGAAAGGAAUUUGUUCAAGAUUGGGUACACUAAGUUCAAUUCCAAGAAACGUCAAAAGAUGGGGAAGAAGUGCAAUAUCGAUAACUCGGAGACCAUCUACGAGAGUCCUCAAGGCCACUUCUUUGCCGCCAGGAAGGCCGAAAGGCUUGCCCAGGUCUUGCUCCGUCAACACAAUCUCAAAGUCGAGCAAUGCGAGAAAUGCGGCGGUGGUCACAAUGAAUGGUUCUGCGCUACGGAGAGCCAUGUCCUCCAAGCUGUUGAGAUGAUGGAGGCUUUUGUAAGAUUGCCUGGCUAUGCCGAGUGCCCGAAGACUAAGGAGUGGAAGAUAUCAAUGGAGGGUUACAAGAAAAUGAAAGUUUUGUGCGAUCCCUCACCACAAAAUAUUAGAGCACUUCUUCACGAAGGCCAGGGCAGGCCAACAAGCAUGGAUUCAAGUGUUCCAACCGAAAAGAUGUCAUCGGAGAAUGGUAGGAGCGUCAAGGACGCUGUCGGUCCGGGAACUCGCACAAGUUUCAAUGAGGAUAGGAGCCUGAAGAAGCCCACUGUCGUCAUUGAAUCUGUCGAGGCGGAUGACACCAAUCCGGGGCCGCGCAGAUCGUCGGGUGUCAUCAAAUUUGGCAGAGUUUUGGGGGUGACGGUCAACGGUGUUAGCAACGGUGUCAACAAGGCUAAGAAGGGCAUGCGUGACGUGCGCGAGAGAUUGACCAAGUCACGAGAACCGACUCCAGAACAUGACUCGCUACGCCCAAUGUCCUCGGCAGGCCAAAUGGAUGGCAUGACGAUGGAAGAAACCAUACGGAACGCAUUCCGGGGGUUUGAUGCAGCUCAAUGGAAUCAUUUAGGGAAGCGAGUGAUAGGUGAGUUUGACAGUUUUGUUACGGACGUCAAAGAGGGGUUUCAUCAGGGUAAAGAGUCAGUGGGAACAGCCAAAGCAUAA